AAUGCACACGUACAGGGUACACACACACACACAAUUCGACGACGAAAUGAAAACAAAGUGUUUACUUUACCUAUACACAUCCAUAUCAAUUGAAGUAUUACGUCUCAAUAGUGUUGAUGUCUCUGUGGUGUAAGGAAGGUGUUUUAUUUUCUUUUAUCAUUUGUCUAGUGCGUAGUUUUUUGUAGCAUUGUAUGAGCAGUGGUGAGUAUUUGUUGUCAUUCCAAUGGGAAAACACACAAUUGUUUAUUGGUAGCUCAGCUGACUACAUUCUUGCUAGAAGAAAAAAAAAAGCGAUGGCAUUUCAAUCGUUGUACGACGAAGACUUAUCCGAUAAUAAAUUUUUUGCUAAAUUGCAACGUGAACACAAAAUUCUGAUCGAAACGGCACCGCUUGAGAACUGGAUAGUGUGUGUACCACGUUCGGCUGCAAUAAAACCAGAAGAUUUAAACGAUACGGAUUUUUUAUUGGCACACAUUUUGAUACCGCACGAUGAAAUCCCGCAGCAAUUCACAAAUCUAUUGGGUGCCGAUGUGAAGCAAUUCAAUGGCAAACUGCAUAUUCGAUCGAUUGCAUCGUCGAUUCUGUUUGAAGAGAUUUUCUAUACAAAGGGAUUGCUGAAGUAUAAAGUAUGGUGCAUCGAAUGGCCAUUGUUGCCACGGGUCUCAAUCAAUGGCGAAGCACCCAAUGGAAUAUGCAUUGUACGUGGACUACAAGACGCUGUCACGUUAAUUUGGAAUGAAACCAAUUCGAAGGCAGUGUUCCGGAAAAUUGAGAGUAUUUGCUGUAGUUUUAUGAAGAACACCAAUUGUAUGGAACCAUUGAAUCACAUGUCAUGUGGCGCUGGCGAUAAAAAUACCGCCGAUAUUCUUAAACGAAUCAAAAAUUCCGUGGAUAUUCUUCUGAAUCAUUGCUUUAAAAAAUUAAUGUAUCAACGUCGACUGUAUGAGAAGUGUAUGAAUGACCCACAUUUUAGGCGUGUUUUUAAAAUUGCCCUUGAAACAUAUAUCAUCGAUUUAUUGUACCGAUGGCUGUUUGACACUAUCACCGUCAUUUGUGCCGAUGAAAAUGAGAAAUUCAAUCGAACACUACGAAACUUGGCCGAUGCAUCGUUGAAAGACUUUAAAAUUGACAGCACACACAGCAAUAUCAUUAGUCGUGUGCGCAUCGAACUCGUUAAAAUGCCCGAUCUAACGACACCCAUUGAGAAAAUUAGUUGUUUACGACGUGCUCUUACAUCUGCGUCGCAAAGUCGUCACACUGAUAUAUCUGUCGACGACCUGAUACCGAUUCUUGUGUUUGUUAUCAUCAAGUCGGGACUCACACAUUGGAUAGCAACAAUACAGUUUUUGAAGCAUUUCAUCUUUAACGAGUUCUCGGAUGGGUCGGACAAGGGCGUCGACAGUUUUCUUAUUACAACGCUCGAAGCGGCAAUUACGUAUAUUCAAUCGAUCGAUCUGAGAGAGUUUAAACAGGGUCCAUUGAUAGGUGAUGGCAAAUUGCAACGACGUUUUGCGAACAAAGACGAUUUUAUUGACUAUUUAUUUGAACGAAUUAAAAAUGAAGACGAAGUGGAAAUAAUUAAACUACUAAAGACUGAUAAUGAUUUGAUUAUUCAUGCGGUUGAACGAGAUAACGAUGGAAAGAAUGACGGAAAUGGCAAGCAUGCCAACGACGACGAUACGAUAAGAAAGCGUUCAAAUGAUGUUGACGAUGGAAUCGACGAGGGUGUUCAUGACGAAUUCGAUGUGAUGAGUAAGUUUCCCGAAUGUCGUCUCAAUUUGCAGAAUACUCAUGGCGUUGGUGCAAUUCAUGUGGCCACAAUGCAUGGCCUGGCCAAAAUGUUGAAUUGUCUGCUGGCACUCGGUGUAAAUUUGCACAUCAAAGAUCAAAAUAACUACACUGCAUUGCACUAUGCGGCUAGCAGAGGUCAUCAGAAUACAUUGUUGUUGUUGUUACAUGCCGGAGCUGAAAUAAAUGCACUGACAAAUGAUAAGAAUACGGCCUUACAUCUCAGUGCUUUGAAUGGUCAUAUUAACUGUGUGAAAGCAUUGCUUUACUAUUCGGAUCACAUGAAAGCACGAAUCGAUCGGAAUGCACAGAAUAAAUUCGGAGACACAGCCUUGCAUCUCAGUGCAAAGUGGGGAUUUUGUGAAAUUAUCGAAACACUCUUGGAAUACGGAGUGAAGCCGGACGUCCGAAAUCGAGCCGGUCAUACAGCACUUGAACUGGCGCACAAUAGUCACAUAGCGACCAUGUUGCAGAAUGCAAUCGAUGCAAAUCAACAAGUUGAAGUGACCAGUGACUGGGAGGAACAGAGUACAUGUUCCAGUCUAUCAUCGUCGACCACAUCAUUGAAUCACGAAGUGUUCCGUGGAUGUUUCUCGACCGGUCUAAAUCAUACCGUAGACACAGUCGACUCUGUUUCACUGCCGCAGAAAACCUACAACGAUAAAAUUGUCGCGGCAAUUAAAAACAAUGAUACAAAACUUGCGUGUCACUUCCUUGGCAUUGAUAUACCCAACGAUGUGUCGCAAAUUGUGUGCCAUCCGUUGUGCGAUUGCGAUAAAUGCAAACAUAUCACGGAGUAUCUAUCCCAAAAACAAAACAAUGCAUCACAAGCGAUACGAACGUUUGACGGUGAUAUCAAUGAAUUGUCAACCGAUCGGAGCAUAACGCCCCUUCAUGCAGCCGUUCAAAUGAAAAACAUUGAUUUGGUGGAGAGAAUUUUAGAAAUUGGCGCAAAAGUGAGUGUAACAACGAAAGGGACACAUCAAACUGCUAUUCAUCUCGCCAUACUCACGAAAUCGACCGACAUUUUAAACCUACUCCUCAAUCACCUGGGACCAAUUGAUAGCGGAAAUGACCUUGAUAUUCAAGAUUCAAACGGCGAUACCGCACUCCAUUUAGCCGUUCGCCUUAGCGAUGCACAUGCAAUCGAUGCACUACUCAAACAUGAACCAAACAUUCAUAUUCGUAAUUCAGACCAUAAAACAGCCCUAGAAAUCGCCAAAUCGUUGCUAAAUCUUAAUAUUAUACGACGAUUAGAAGUCGCCGAAAGCAAUGAUCUACGGAAUAGGACACCGAAAUAAAGCGCAAGCAAAUUGAUAACGAUUUUUUUUAAAGGACAUGCACGUUUUUAAUUACACUUUUAUUUAUGAUUGAGUCACUUUGUUUUCGUUUUGUUGUUGUUGUUUUUGUUUUUGUUGCAGUAGACUGUUACACUUGUAGCGACCUUUCGCUAGGGUUGACAUCGUUUUUUGUUUUGCUUAUAAGAUUGAUAAAAAGAAUUACUUUCUUUUUGCACCGAAUAUUUUGUUUACAAAAUGUUUACUUGGACCAUUGUUCCGUUGGGAAAUGUGCUUUUACAGGCGCUUGACACCGAAUUCGACAUGAUUUUAUCAUUUGUUUUGAUUUUAUUUUUGUACCAAGCUACGAUGUGACAUGAUUUAUUUUUGUUUACUUUUGAUUAAACAUAUGACUCUUACUUUCGAAUUGCCAGAGAUUAUGGAGCAGUGAAUACAACUUUAUUUGUCUUCUGUUUACGAAAUUUGAUCGUUCCAUGGGGACAUUUGUUUAAGGGAUUUAUUUAUAGCCAUUCGAACAAUACACAAUUGUGAUAUGGAACAAAUGAACAUUUUUUUACGAAUCCAUUUUUAUCACUCAUAUAACUUUUGAUAUUGCAGUCCUAUUGACUGCUUUCAUUUAUAUUUUUGGUCUAGCGAUCAGCGCUGCACAAAACGUUUCUAAUGGUUUUUAAUUAAGAUUACUAAAUUUCAAUCGAUUUUUUUCAUUGUAAGUCAAAAAUUCAAUUAAGAUUCAAGUCAAAAAUUUAAUGUGAGCUCAAAUUGUAUUGAACAUAAAUAUUCAAUGGCUUCAUACCAAAAUUUUUUGAGGUUCAAUAUAUGCAAUUUUUUUCAUCACUAUUUUACUUCUGAAUAAUCCGUUUUAAGAAGAGAGAAUAAUCAUUUUUGCACAAAAUUCCAAAUUAAAUUGGCCAAUUUGAUGUUAAUUACAGUAA